CUACAGCCCUGAUUGAUCGACCCCUGUGGGUAAUGAACGUUGUUCCUAUCAUUGGACCGGAUACUUUACCCAUUAUUUUUGAUAGGGGAUUGAUUGGCACAUACCAUGACUGGUGCGAGUCCUUCAAUACCUAUCCGCGGACUUAUGAUCUUCUGCAUUCCAGCUCCCUCUUUGGAAAUUUAAGUCAAAGAUGUGACCUAGUGGAUGUAGCUGUGGAGAUGGACAGAAUGCUCAGACCAGGUGGAUAUAUUUUAGUUCAAGACACUUUGCAGAUGAUUAAACAACUUGGCUCAAUUCUGCGUUCACUUCAUUGGUCAGUAACUCUGCAUCAAGAGCAGUUUCUUGUUGGUAAGAAAGAUUUUUGGCGCCCCAAAGACGCUGCAAAAAUAUGAAAUUCCUAAGCGGUUUUGUAUAUUUUACAGUUAUAUCUCCAGUUUAUCUGUAGAGAGAAAGGGAGAAAAGAAAUUAUAGCAAAUUUACUACUAAAUGUUGAUUCAUUCAUUUCCUCUGAAGUAUUCAAAUUUAUACAAAUACAUACUUCCCAAAGGAAAGUAAUUUUGUCUCUGAAGAUGGAAAGAUGUUCGCUUUUUCGCACAGUUAUCUACAGUGGGUAAAAUGAACACUUGAUGGCACUUCAGGCUGCAGCCUAGCCCAUGUACAAGAUUAAAAAGAUAUAAAUGCCAGGUUUAACUAUGUUAUGGAUCCACUGCUUCCUUUUCUCAGUUAUGCUCAUGCUUGCAAAGCCUCCACUUAGAUAUCAAGAUAAUUCCAUGGAGUACUUAAUAUUUGUUUUAUUAUCAUUGUUGUUAUUGUUGUUUCUUUUGGGAGCAA